CUGCUGUGUCCGGGUCCGGCGCGGGCGGGGGCAUGAACGGCUCGGCGAACCCGCUGCUGGACAAGGAGGAGCACGGGCUGCAGCUGGGGGAGAGCUUCGAGCGGCGGCCCAAGGCCUCCUUUCACACCAUCCGCUAUGAUUUUAAGCCAGCAUCUAUAGACACAUCUUGUGAGGGGGAGCUCCAGGUUGGUAAAGGAGAUGAAGUAACAAUUACACUGCCACAUAUUCCAGGCUCAACUCCUCCAAUGACUGUGUUCAAAGGAAAUAAAAGACCAUAUCAGAAGGACUGUGUACUUAUUAUCAAUCAUGACACUGGGGAAUAUGUGCUGGAAAAACUUAGUAGUAGCAUUCAAGUCAAGAAAACAAGGGCUGAGGGCAGCAGUAAGAUCCAGGCACGAAUAGAACAGCAGGCUGCCCGAGCCUCCCAGCCUUCCUCACAGUUCAAAGCCCCAUCCAAGCCAGCAGCUGGGCCCAAAACCUCCCCUUUGAAAGACAACCCUUCGCCUGAACCUCAGCUGGAUGACAUUAAGAGAGAGCUAAGAGCAGAGGUUGAAAUUAUUGAACAGAUGAGUAGCAGCAGUGGUAGCAGCUCAUCGGACUCUGAGAGCUCUUCUGGGAGUGAUGAUGAAAGCUCUAGCAGUGACGGGGAAGAAGCUGCACGCAUUUCCCCCUCUCAGCCACCACACCAGCAGUACAACAACAGAAAUGCUGUUGCUAAUGGUACCAGCAGGCCACAAGGAAGCAAUCAGCUAAUGAACACUCUCAGAAAUGACUUGCAGUUGAGUGAGUCUGGAAGUGACAGUGAUGACUAGGGCUGAUGUUUCUCUUUUUCUGCUGCAUAUAUAUGAAGAACUAAUUUACUUUUCAGUGAGCCCAGUGCUGAUGAGGGAAUUGGCACGGGAAUAGCUCCGUGCGUAGAAUUUUAAUAGAAGCAAUGUGUAACCUAUGGAAUAUCAAAUAUUAUCCUAAACAGAAGCUGAGGAGGAUUUUACUUUGUUUAUUAAGUGUAUAUUUUAUGUAUAUUCUUAGUCUUUUAAAGUUUUAAAUAGAUAUGUACAGUGGAUAAGCCAGUCUGUGUCCCUGACUACUGUUGAUCUGUAAAGCAUAAUGCAUAUUCUCUUGAUGUAAUCUAAAUGUUUCUUGUUCAUGGGAGAGGUUCAGUGCCGUAGUACAUUAAGGGAAAGUGUGCGUUUAGGACAGACGUGAGCCAACAAUUCAUUAAAAAACCCGUGUGGGA